CGUUUCUGACCAAUCAGAGCUCCCCACGUUCAGAAUCAACCAUGGCGGCCCAAAGCUGUAGCAAAACUGUCGUUUUCUGUCAAAUUUUCCCGUUUUUCUUCUGUUUACUCCUGUCUUUUGGUCUGUGCGAGGAUUUUGAAUAUCCGUACGUGACGUGUGGCUCGGUGGUGAAGCUUUUGAACACCAGGAACAACGUGAGACUCCACUCACACGACGUGAAGUACGGAUCAGGAAGUGGACAGCAGUCUGUCACAGCUGUCGACUCCUCAGAUGAUACCAACAGCUAUUGGGCGGUGAAGGGGAAGGCAGACAAGCCGUGUGUGAGGGGAACGCCCAUCAAAUGUGGGCAGACCAUCCGGCUCAUGCACACCACCACACGCCGUAACCUGCACAGCCACUACUUCCAGUCACCUCUCUCUCGCAACCAGGAGGUGAGCGCGUUUGGCACUGAUGGCGUCGGUGACAGCGGUGACUACUGGGCGGUGACCUGCAGCGGGACGUACUGGGAGCGGGACGACACCGUCAGGUUCAAGCACACGGCCACAGAUAUGUACCUCCACAUCACCGGGGACACCUACGGCCGGCCCAUCCAUGGACAGAGGGAGGUCUGCGCCUACCCCAAGCCUGACAGCGGAAACUUCUGGAGAGUGAUGGAGGGAGUUUUCAUCAAACCUACAGAAACUUCAGCAGGGGGGAAGAGAUGACUAGAUGAGCUUUAAAGGCUCACUUCUCUCAUCUGAUUGGUUGUCUUGCUGUCAAAUGGUACUUGUAAUACUAAUAGUGAUUUCAUCAUAGCCUGGAGUCCAGCCUUGUUAGCUUUGGUCCUGGGAUACUAGUAAUUGAGUAGACCAAAGCUAAAAGGCUGGACUCCAGACUAAUUUCAUCAUUCUGUUUAGUGAUGUUCAACAACCCAGGUAGUAUGUUUGAUGUUAAACUAGAUGGAUUCUUAGAAGUAAAAUAAUGUACCUAAUUUUCAUUGACCCAAGAAAGAAGAAUGCAUUCCUGACAAUUCAAACCUUGUAUUGUAUUGUACUGCUGUAUUGUAACUAUGAAUCCUUAUUUAUGGUAAAUCAGUAUGUGCUGGGGCAGAAAUAAGAUGUUACUUAGUAUUCUAAGGGAAAUGUAGUGCACCAGCUCAUACCACCACCUCAGCAACCAGUCAGGUUAGAGGACUGUCCUUUAAAUGGGAGGCACACUACUACAUGUACCAAGUACAUGUACAGCAAAUGUAAUAAGUAUCUUCCAUCAAGAUACCUACUACAUGUAUUACUUAUAUCACCCAUGCAAUAUCAUUGUCUAUUCAAUCUGGGGUGAUUGCCCAGUAAGCACUGGAUUAAAAAAAAAAAACAUUUCAGAAUUGAAGCUAAAACAAAUUGUUUGUAAACAAAACAUGACAAGACUAGGAAUAUUGUAGUGUAGGCCAUGACAUUUUAAUGUCAUAUGAUAUAAACAUGAAUGUAGGAUUGUGUAGUACUGUACAACUCUUGGAUGAAAAACAAAAAUAUCUGAUUUAUGUUAGAACAGAUUCCUUUUGAACUGACCUGUUAUACCGUACAUGCCACAAGUAUGGUACAUACCCUGUAAACUUGUUUUAGCACAACUUUUCAAACGUGAAACAAACCAAUAAACUAGAGUUAAUAAAAACUUGCCUCUGUGUCUUAAAUAUGAGUCUUACAACGAUUUAUAAAGCAAAUCCUUUUGCUAUGAACAUGAAUGUUCUCAAUAGAUCCUGGUGUUCAGGACAUGAACAAGCAAUCUUUCCCAAAGUUGAACAAGCACAAAUAUACUAGUUUUA